AUGCCUGCUCGUGCGAACCCUGGCCGCGUCUACGUUGUAGGCGUCGGCAUGACCCCUUUCCUCAAACCAAAUCCAGCCAGAGAUUACCCGCAUUUGGGGCUUGAAGCCGGAACAAAAGCCCUGCUGGAUGCCGGCAUCACCUACGACCAGAUCGAGCAAGGCUACGCGUGCUAUGCCUUUGGAGACUCGACCUCUGGCCAGCGCGUGUUCUACCAGUUUGGCAUGACGGGAAUCCCCAUCGUCAACGUGAACAAUGCCUGCGCGACCGGCUCAUCCGGUUUAUACCUUGCUCGCCAGUCACUCGGCCUCGGUGCAGCCGAUGUUGCCCUUGUCAUUGGCUUCGAGAAAAUGCAAGCGGGCCGCAUCAAGAAGGCCUUCUUGGACCGUGCGAUCCCGCAAGGCUUGUUAGCCGAGAAGAUGUUCGACUUGAACCCGAAUAGUGAGCCUGGGAACAUGAGUCUAUUCGGAAAUGCUGGCUUAGAGUACAUUGAAAAAUAUGACGCCGUGGUCGAUGAUCUCAAUGAGAUCGCUCGCGUCAACCAUGCUCACAGCGCCCAGAAUCCCUACAGCCAGUUCCGCACGGUCUAUUCCCUCGACCAGGUCAAGGGCAGUCCGUCCAUGUAUGGGCCAGUCACAAAGUUGCAGUGCUGCCCGACCUCUGACGGUGCCGCCGCAGCCGUGCUAGUGUCCGAAAAUUGGUUGAACAAGCAUCCUGAGCUCAAGGGCAAAGCCAUCGAAAUUGUCGGCCAAUCUAUUGUUACUGACCAGUCAGACACCUAUGGCGACUCCGCCAUGAAUCUCGUCGGCUAUCAAAUGUCGAAACGCGCCGCACGCGAGGCCCUUGCCCAAGCUAACGUUUCCGUUUCUCAGGUCGGGGUUUGCGAGCUCCACGAUUGCUUUGCUGCGAAUGAGCUUAUUACUAUUGAUGCCCUUGGUCUCUGUGAACCCGGCAAGGCCGGAAAGUUUGUGCGCGAGGGGAAUAUCACCCAUGGUGGUAAGGUGUUGGUUAACCCGUCUGGCGGGCUGAUCUCCAAGGGACAUCCGUUGGGUGCCACGGGACUUGCGCAAUGCACUGAAAUGGUGUGGCAACUGCGCGGAUGGGCAAACAACCGCCUUGCCCCGAAGACGACUGUUGCCCUGCAGCAUAACCUAGGCCUUGGAGGCGCCGCGGUUGUUUCUGUUUACAAGCGCGCCGACGGCAAGCAAAAUGAUGCACGCCCUGAUGAGGAGAUCGCCCAGUCAUCUGGCUUGGGUUACAACCCGGCGACAGAAGCCAGGCAGGUGGCAGUUGAGGAAGUGAAAAAGAUUCUGAGCCGGAAACAUAACAAUGCGUGGGCGCGCGUUGGCCAGAAAGGAAACGAUUUGCAGGGCCCUCUACUUGCACGAAUGUAA